AUGGCUUCCUCUGUACUUAAUUUUAUCCUUUCACCCUCUCACCAUCAGUAUUCUGUACCAUCAUUAUCCUCUGUUUCACCAAUAAAUUAUGGUUCAAUUAAUUCAUCUUCGUAUCACAGCGGAAGAGGAAACUGCAAUUUAAAGAAAAGGGGCAUUUGUAGGUCAUCUUCUAGUGUAGUCGAAUUCAUUGAACCUCCUGAAACUCAACAAUCAAAAGAUGAGCUUAUUGGGUCCUUGAAGUUCAAAUUAUUGAGUGCAGUUUCUGGGUUAAAUAGAGGUCUUGCUGCAAAUGAAGACGAUCUACGCAAAGCUGAUGAUUUUGCAAAGGAGCUUGAAUCUACCGGAGGUCCAGUAGAUCUUUUGAGUGAUCUUGAUAAACUGCAAGGCAGAUGGAAAUUGAUUUAUAGCAGUGCAUUUUCUUCUCGGACACUUGGCGGGAGUCGUCCCGGGCCACCCACUGGAAGACUUCUUCCCAUAACUCUUGGCCAGGUGUUCCAAAGGAUUGACGUCUUUAGCAAAGAUUUUGACAAUAUAGUAGAGCUUCAAUUAGGUGCUCCAUGGCCUUUUCCACCUGUUGAAGUAACUGCCACUUUAGCCCACAAAUUUGAAAUUAUAGAAAGUUGCAAAAUCAAGAUAACAUACGAAAAAACAACUGUGAAGACAACAGGAAAUUUAUCUCAACUUCCACCAUUGGAUAUACCACAUGGAUUAAGGCCACCAUCUAAUCCAGGAACUGGUGAAUUUGAAGUUACAUUCCUCGACUCAGAAACGCGCAUCACUCGGGGAGACCGGGGAGAGCUACGGGUUUUCGUAAUCUCAUAA